AUGGGGUGGAAGCCGUCCAGAGUGUCACUUAUGCAGCAGCCCCAGGCAGCGGGCAGGAGUCUGAACCAGAUCAGGGAAAAGAGAGCAGAACAGGACAGUUCUGAGAUCCAGGAGUCCGUAACCAGGAGUUCCGAUAUGAACAGGAACAGACAGAUCCAGGGUUCCAGGAAUCAACGAAGCAUUCAGGCAGGUUCAGAGUUCCAUGAGUCCAGCAACGACCUCAGACAGACACGCUCAGAUGGAGACAGGUGUGAGCGGUGGCUGAUUAAAGCCGACAUAAAAGGAGUCCGAAUGAAAGGAGGAAGAGAACUGAAUCUGCAGGUGACAGAGACGGACGCGCUGCCGGGGGAGAGGCAGGCGGGAUCCGCGCGCCAGGCACAUCUCCGGGAGGUGCACAGGCGGCCCAGUAAAGAGUAUCAGGGCAGAGGGGGAACCUCUGCCCACGCCUCUGGAUCGGUCUGGAAAGGGGUGUGGCACGCCAGAGAGUGGAACAGUGCAGGAGCACCGCAGAGUCAGCUGUGGAUCAGUCAGAGGUAUUGUUUCUUCCUUUCCCCCAGAUGCCUGCCUAACCUCUGCGAACACGGCGCCCGCUGCUCCCAGACGUGGAGCUCCUUUUCCUGCGACUGCUCUGGAACAGGAUACUCUGGAGCGACAUGUCACAACUCUAUUUACGAGUCAUCCUGCGAAGCCUACAAGCUGAGUGGCAGCUCCUCGGGCUUCUACUUCAUCGAUCCAGAUGGGAGUGGUCCCUUGGGGCCCACACAGGUAUACUGCAACAUGACAGAAAAGAAGGUGUGGACGGUGCUGUCUCACAACAGCACUGCUCCUGUAAAAGUCCAGAAGUCCUCUCCUCAGAGACCUCACAUCAUGAAGUUCAACUACAACGCAUCAGCCGACCAACUCCGCGCCAUUGUGGCUAGGUCAGAGCAGUGUCAACAAGAAGUAGUCUACAACUGCAGGAAGUCCCGUCUCUUCAACACUAAGGAUGGAAGUCCGCUGUCCUGGUGGCUGGACCGUGAUGGAGACAAAAGGAGUUACUGGGGAGGCUUCCUUCCUGGAGUACAGCAAUGUUCCUGCAGCCUGGAGGAGAACUGCGUGGAUAUGAAUUACUUUUGCAACUGUGAUGCUGAUACAGACAGUUGGGCUAAUGACACAGGCCUCCUCUCCUACAAAGAUCACCUUCCAGUCAGCCAGAUAGUGAUCGGAGACACCAACAGGACCGGAUCGCAGGCUGUCUACCACGUCGGCUCUCUGCGUUGUUAUGGAGACAAAUCUAUUUGGAACGCGGCCUCUUUCUACCAGGAGGCCUCCUACCUGUACUUCCCCACCCUGCAGGCAGAGCUAGCCUCAGAUAUCUCCUUUUACUUCAAGACCAGCUCUCCCUCAGGGGUAUUUCUGGAGAACCAGGGCCUGAAGGACUUUAUCAGGGUGGAGCUGAGCUCUCCAGCAGUGGUGACUUUUUCCUUUGAUGUGGGCAACGGUCCGGCCGUCCUGUCCGUGAAGUCCCACCUCCCUCUGAAUGACAGACAGUGGCACUACGUGAGGGCAGAGCGGAAUGUGAAGGAAGCGUCCCUGCAGGUCGACCAGCUGCCCCUUCGUCUCCUGGAGGCUCCGGCUGACGGACACCUCCGCCUCCGGCUCAGCAGCCAGCUGUUUGUGGGGGGAACAGCAUCCCAGCAGAGAGGUUUCCUGGGUUGUAUCAGGUCUCUCAUGGUUAACGGCUUGACCUUUGACCUUGAGGAGAGGGCCAAGAUGACCCCUGGAGUGAGCUCCGGCUGUCCAGGAUACUGCAGUGGCUCUAGCAGUCUUUGUCACAACAGAGGCCGCUGCAUCGAGAAGAGCAAUGGCUACAUCUGCGACUGCUCGCAGUCUGCCUACGGAGGGGCUACCUGCAACCAAGGGUUCGUAAGCGGUCAUGCAAACGCAGCAGAGAACAUCCCAGCUCCAGCCGCCAUAGCGCCCGGUCCCUCUCUCCGUUCCGACGCAAACCCAGGUCCUUCUUCAGAUGUUCCCACCAUGUCAGUUUCUCAAUCCAUAGUGGCUCCCCCCUUCCACCAUUCUCCCGCAGUUGACCAGUUUUCGGCUUCUCUAUGCUCCAACCUGGACUCUCCAAAUCGCUCCGUUCAGACUCUGUCUGCACGUGUCCAAGCCUUGGGAAAUCCCCACACUGCCACGUCAUCACUGCCUUCAGCUUCGCAGCGGGAUCCCCUCCCUCCUCCUCCUCCUACAUUCACUCUCGCCUACGCCCGCCCUGAGCCAGCUCUAGGUUUAGACAACUUUGAGUUUCCGGUAAACCUGCUUCAUGAAACGGACCCCUGA